AUGUCCACCAUACAGCCCUUCUUUCUUCAUCUCCUGGCCUCGUCUCGAACCUUUCACACCGGCACCCGCAUCAUCUCACGGUCGCUCAUCGGAGCGGUCGCGCCCUCCAUUACAUACGUCCCUCUAGCGAGCCGCCCCACGCUGCGCACCGCGGCACUCCCCCAUGUGUUUACCCUCCAGCUGCGCUGGGUGCACCGAACUGCCGCGGACCCUUACCUUCCCUCUCCGAAAUCAGCUCCCCCGGCCGGGACAGCCACCGCCACCCAACACCCUCGUUUUCCGGCGCCCCACGCAGCGGACCACGGCAUGCAUGACAAACGGAUAACCCCGGCGGGCUCGCGAGUCUCAACGCGCGCCCACCGUCGUAUUCCGAAACGUAGCAUUGCAGACGAGACGUUGGAAGAAGUGCAGCCGGGAGUGAUCGGGCGGGACGGGGCGAUGAGGAAAAAGAACGAGGGCCGCAGAGGCGGCAAGCGAUGCGGUGCGGUGCGGUGCGGUGCGGUGCGGUCCAGGCGGGUGGGGCUGGGUGGGGAGCGGCAGAGCGGCAUCCUCGGCAGGGCGUCCCGAGCGGCGCCCGCAGCCAUGCACGCUCAUGACGCCAUGAUAUCCUGGAGCUCGACGCCAAAGGUGCGGCUGCAAGUUCUGGGGCACCCUGAUGCAUACCGGGACAACGAGGAGCUGACUGGCGAGUGGUUCGUCAGGACCGACAAGCGCGACGAUAUCUGCGUCGCCAUUAAGUUCGGUCUCGCCGACCUCGCCCGCGUGCCCAACGGCUCUGCAGAACACGUCACGGUCGCUUUCGAGAACUCGCUGAAGAGCCUCCAGACCGACUACGUCGACCUUUACUACCUGAUGUCAUCUCUGCAUCGGUACUUUGUCGCGCGCACGCCGUCUAUGCGCGUUAUUGCCGCUCCCCGGGUCGAAUAUUCGCUGCUAGCCUUCAACAUCAAGCUCGAGAAGCUCGGCCUCUUUCAAACCGCACAGGAACUUGGCAUCGCGAUCGUCGCCUGCUCCCCUCUCGGCCGCAGUCUCCUCACCGGCUCGUUCGUGCGUGAUCCCUCCGCUUUACUUGCUCACCGCGAACGGCCUCUCGUCGACGGUUCGCUGUUCUUUUCUCGAGCCCUUGUACAGCGCACGGCAGAGUCGGUUUCCGACGGCCGCUGCGCCGUGCACAUUCCCCUUCUCACCGCGGACAACUUUCCCGAGCUCGUCAAGCUCGUGGACGGGUUCGCCACCACAGGCGCUAAGCACUGCGUCACCUCCGUCGUGGUUGCGUGGUUAUUUCCCAAGGUCCUCGCCGUCCACAGCACCAACAAGCACCUCGAGGACAACGUGGGCGCGGGGUCGCGCACUUGUGCCAGCUCACGGAAGAUCCACAAGAUCAUUGCCGCACCAGGCGUGCGGUACCCCGGGGAAUUCAACGACCUGUCCAGGCUGCCUCGAUACCCCUCUCGUUGA